GCUAUGUUGCAGCUGGACUUGAUUAUUAUAUGCUUUUUUAUGGACUUCAGGACAAAAUCAAUUCGGUUUCGCUUUUACUUUUCUGGUCUGAUUUAUGGGUUAUACUAGUUUCUAUUUAUGUUUACUGGGAAAAAUUUUUAAAUGGUGAAGAGCAAGAAGAGCAAGAAGAACCUGAAUUCGAUAUUCAAAAUUUCUUGCCAGAUUCGUUUAGAUGGUGA